AUGAGACACCGACGCACACACACCGCCAAUGAGACACAGACGCACGCACACACCGCCAAUGAGACACAGACGCACGCACACACCGCCAAUGAGACACAGACGCACGCACACACCGCCAAUGAGACACAGACGCACGCACACACCGCCAAUGAGACACAGACGCACGCACACACCGCCAAUGAGACACAGACGCACGCACGCACCGCCAAUGAGACACAGACGCACGCACCGCCAAUGAGACACAGACGCACGCACCGCCAAUGA